AUGCCUUCUUUCAAUAUCCAUUGGAGGGGAUGCCCGCACCGACACCUACCUCGAAUCCCUUCCACAUCGAUACGCCGUGCCUCUCUAGCAAGCCAAAGCGUUGCCCAAACUGCAGCUGAAGAUGUUAUGAGAUCUCCGUUAGACCCUGUUCUUCAACAGGAGAGAAGGAAACAACGCUCAAAGGUCCGCAGCAGACGGAGCCGAAGUUCUCGAUGUUCUGCUACAACUUUGUCCCGAAGACGGGUUUCCCAUAGAACCAACCGAAAUACGCACAGUUUCGAGAAACAGCUUUCCAGAAUUUAUCUCAACAGAGCCCGUACCCACGACCUAAGCUUCAGAGCUUCCACAAGAGGACAAGGAAAAAAUUCUCAGGAAGAUGUUCCUACUGGGUCUUCUAACGAUACCGUACUUCAUGUUGUCCGCAACGAUGGCGCAAGAAGCUCUGUACGUGCUUCUAAAACCAAAACUGGGAAUUCCAGUAAUAUAUAUUCAAUGAUGCACAUUGCCGAAGGAUCUGGCUAUUGGACUUCGAACAAACCGACGCCACGAAGUCGACGUUCCCAAGGCUCCAACAAGAAGAAGAACACUGAAGGAAAACCUACUGGAGAAUAUGCACAUACAGGGCCUGUAGAGAUAGAGAAUGCCCAGAAAGAGAUUCCCCAACGUCAAAAUGAAUGGUGUCGUUCUUAUGAUCCGAGGAUUGACCCUCAUUGCUUUACGGACGGUGGAGAUGAACGCGAGCAAUCUAUGCCAACACCGGUCAACAACCCCACCCAAGCGACUUGCAAAAAUCCAGAAACUGAGGAUGCAUUAUGGGAAACAAUUGACUCAACCAGAUUUACACAAGACAACGAUACUUCUAGCCCCUCUAUAACAUCAGUCGUUCCCAGUCUCCUGUCAACUUCUCCAUUUCGAACCGGAAGUGAGGCCAAAAGAUUAACAAAAUUCACAAAGGAACUCGAGCUGCAUUAUACCGCUGUUCAAUCUUUGCCAAAACAAAGUCUUCUAUUCUCACCAUCUGCCACGACCGUCUCUGCAGAUACGGUGGGACCACUUGUUCCAUUCCAUGCUGAAUUUCAGUCAGCUGGGCUUGCUGUGACUUCCAAAGAGCAACGUAGACUAACGGGUCAAAAGCCUACUACGUACAAUAAAAAUUCGGACUGCUUGAGCACAGUUGCAGAUAGGCGACCUGUACAGUGUUAUGGCCACGACGGGCAGAGAUCAUUUGCUUCUGGUACAACUGGUACAACAGUACUGGGCUUUACCCCACCCCACGAGAAGACCUAUGGUCGCCCAGGCCAAAGCCGGGCUCGAGGCUCAUCAACUGGCUCUGCAUUUACAGCUGUUGGGUUUACGCCACCUCAUGAGAAGAUGGAGACUGCACCUAAAGCACUUCCAACUUCCGUGGUAAGAUUACCUCGUCUGUGGCUCGACAACGAGGAGAAAUCGCCCAAGGCCCCACUUUCUCCUGCUAAAGUGAGCGUUGCAUCGGCAAUCAAGUAUCAAGAACCAGGAGGAACUUAUCAAGCUCCGCCUACUGAAUAUGGUACGUAAAUACAUCCUAAAUUUCUGCCGUUUAGGAGCUAAUACUUGGAAGUCUCGCGCCCAUCAACUGACAAGAGAUGGAAUUACGUGAAAAAUAAUACGGCUCCAUCGGAGCGUGAUCCAAUUAAGGACGCCCCAAGACGUACAGUCACAACACAAACCGAUCCACUAGAGGUUAACUACAGACAAGUUGCCACACAAACUACUGUCAGUGACUUAAACAAACAGAGACGCGAUGAAGCGAAGUCAGAAAAUCAAGAUACUUUGACAAAUCGCGCCAAGAGAAGUAAUACUUUUCCAUCAAAAGCAACCAAAUGUGACGAAACAUGCAAUCGCGGAGAAAGCAAGGCAGUUGAAUUACCAGGCUGGAUAAGAUCUCGUUUACCCUGGGAGCAUAAGAUCAAAGCCCCACAGACAACACAAGAGCACACCACCGGCCCAAAAAUCGUUUACCCUGAAUCUCAAGAAAAGACUAGUGAACGUCCAAACGCACGACCGGAAAACAGAAGUUUAGAUCUGCGUCCUGAUAUGACACAGAAUGGUCAGAUUUCCAGUGAACAACAGCUUGGUACAGAAUCCUCAAAAGCCCGUUGCGCUGGGUGUGGCGUUCAGAUUGAUGAGGAUGUCGAGAGUAUGGAUGGCCAGGCUGAACCAAGCUCAUCUCGAGAACCUCUAUGUCCCCAGUGCACCCCGUCAGUGUAUACAGCAUAUGUAGCACCACCCAAAAGAGCCCAAUAUUCUGAAGCCCGUCAAUCCGAAAAAUUGACGGCUCAAGAUCCUGUGUUGAAAACAGCCGGAGCUGACAAAAACAAGCCACCGGAGAAGGUCCCUGAACCAGAGGACAAUUACGAGAAAGGGGACGGAGGCAUCUGGACCCAUAUCAAAAACGCCGAGCACUCACUCGCAGAUUGUACUAAAAUGAUACCUGUGGUUGAUCCGGUCAAGAAGCCUUCAAAGCCUCGUAAGUGGUCCUGUGCAUCAACGUCGCCGGACGAAGGAGGUGAAAAUAUGGAAUACUUCUUACCUUCAAACUCGAAGGCCCAGCCUCAAUCUUAUAGUGGAAGAACUGAGAUCAAGUCGAAGCAUUUAGCGCCGCGAAAUCAAACAAGUGGAACUCGGCAUUACUCGUCUGACACCAAGAACCAUCGGCAGCAUCCAGCUCAUUUCAAAGCUGGGACUCAGAAACUCCCAAGCUCAAGUGUAGAGUCGCGAGGCAAAUCUCAUCAAUCUAACAAGCCCAGCAACGAACAAGUCUUUCACGGCCUCCAGGUUGCAACUGCGGCCGCUUGUGACGAAGACCUCGACAAAUGGAUUUCAGAGAUUAAUGGCUCUGGCGUUCGGCAUUUCCUCGCAGAUCUGAGUAAGUUUGAACCACUUGGUGUCAACACUCUCGCAUCCGUAGCGAGGAAAGCGGCAAAGCAAAGGAAGGAACAAGUCCGUGUUUGGGAAAAAGUCAGAGAGGGGAGGUUGAAGAACAACACGACUGACAGCCAAGAUAAGGAGGUCAAGAAGUAUCGGACCCGAAAGACGGAGAAUGAAAUUGAUGAAAAAGCCGAUGAAAGGAGUGGUGAUUGGCUGGUAGACGACUUGGGAGUAAGACAGAGAUAGAGAACUUGAUGGUCUCAUGUGCGGUAAUGCUAUGACGAGUUUGGCUAGGUUACGAGUUUUUGAUGCAUGAAUCGAGAU